CUGAAAAUUGUGAUGUCGAUUGUGUACAUGGCAUAUUUUUAAUUUUUGUGAUUUCUAAUUAAAAUCAGAAAUGAAUAAUUAAAUUAACAUUUGUCGAUUAAAAUAUGGCAUUCGUUAGCGCUGUGACUGGUGAUGACUCCACGAAGAAAUUCAUGGAAGUCUUGCAAAAUGACUUCAAGACUUUAAGCUUGGAGACCAAGAAGAAAUAUCCUCAGAUUCGAGAAGCGUGUGAUGAAGCAAUAGAGAAACUGUCUCUAGCCUCCAACAACCCCCAAGCAUCCCUCUAUGGGGUCGUCAAUCAAAUCCUCUACCCCUUGGUGCAGGGGUGCGAGUCUAAGGACUUGAAAAUUAUUAAGUUCUGCCUCGGCACCAUCCAGCGGCUAAUUGCCCAGCAGGGUAUAGAUGCCAAGGGUGCCCGGCAUGUGGUCGACUGCCUCUAUAACCUGGGCACGGCCAACUUGCUCGAGCUGAAGCUGUUGCAAACCGCUGCUUUGUUAAUGACCACCUCCCAUCUCGUGCAUGGAGACACGUUGGCCAGAACCAUGGUGAUGUGCAUGCGCAUGGUGUCGGCGUCCGAGUCGCGUGACGUCAGCACGUCGCACGCGGCCGCCGCCACCGUGCGCCAGCUCGUGGCGCUCGUCUUCGAGCGGGCGCUGGCCGAGGCUGACGGUAAUUUGAAAGUGAACCCAGCGGACGUGCGACCGCAAACAAAUACCAAAGCGCCUAAAGACUUGAAGCCCUGCGCAGUCGAUGCCUACCUCAUUUUACAGGAUAUAAUCCAGUUGAUCAAUGGCGACGCGGCCAACUGGCUGGCCGGCAUAUCGGACGUGCCUAAAACCUUCGGCUUGGAGCUGCUGGACACUGUCCUCACUGACUUCUCGCCAGUUUUCUUCAAGAUAUCUGAGUUCAGGUUCCUGCUCAAGGAGCACGUUUGCGCUCUUAUUAUAAGACUGUUCUCACCAAAUGUCAAAUACAGGGCCGCAUUCACAUCCCUCCACAUCCCCGGGGCCACAGGGACCCCAGGCAGCCCGGCCACAACAGACAGACCUCACUUCCCGGUCACCAUGAGACUGUUGAGGCUAGUCUGUAUCAUCGUGCACAAGUAUCAUUCUAUUUUGGUGACCGAGUGUGAAAUCUUCCUAUCGCUUACUAUAAAGUUCUUGGACCCUGAUAAACCUCUGUGGCAACGCGCGCUGGCUUUAGAAGUUCUACACAAGAUGACCAUACAGCCCAACCUACUGAAAGCGUUCUGCGAAUGUUACGACAUGAAGCCACACGCGACGAACAUAUUCCAAGACAUAGUGAAUGCUCUGGGAGCCUACGUGCAAAGUUUGUUCGUGGCUUCGCAAGUCAACACGCCGGCCGGAGCGUCCGGUGUCCCUCAGCAGCCAGGGUUCUACUGGAAAGGGGUUUGGCUCCCGCUGUGUGUCACCUUCGAACCUGGCACAGCUAAAUCUGUUUACAUAGAAAUGCUGGACCGGACAGAGGCGCCAACGAUACAAGAUGGCUACGGUAUAUCCGUCGCGUACGCAUGUCUAAUGGAGGUCAUACGAUCCAUAGCCAUUACUGUGGAGGGCGAAGAGUACUUUAGGUUACAAGAAAUAUACGAAGACGGACAAAAUGAAGAGGACAAAGAAAUAAAUUCGAACAAAAAUGGCAAUCAGCAAAAAGAUAUUGAAACAAAAGCGGAAACUAAAGAAAUAACGAACAACGGUCACAAUGGUGAAGCCGAUCAGAAUUCCAAUCUUGUGGAGAAAGUGGACGACGAGAAAGAGAUACAGCUAUCUUUACAGUUACUAAAAUCAUCAUGGUGCGGUCUCGUGUGGGGUCUUUCGGUACUCGCUGAGGCCAGCAUAGGGGAACUGGAGAACAUUCUCCGCGCUAUACAGACUCUAGCCAGAGUCAGUGGGAAGGUGGGGCACACGAUGGGACGCGACGCGUGCAUUAGCGCAGUGUGCCGCUGCGCGCUGCCGGCGCAGUACAGCGUGCCCGCGCUGGGCGCGCUGCCGUGUCCGUGGCGUCGCGACGUGCCCGUGCCCGACCCCGACUACCGCCAUCAGGUCGUCUGGGUCGGCACGCCGCUGCCCUCCUCCUCGCCCUCUGGUCAACAGCAGUCGUUCGUGAUGGUGACGUCACGCCACGUGACCGCCAUGAAGGCGCUGCUGUGUGCGGCGCAGCGCGACGGAGACACCUUCCAGCAGGCGUGGCUACCGGUGUUGACCACUUUGCAGCACCUGGUGUGGAUCCUAGGUCUGAAACCUUCGACCGGAGGCAGUAUGAAGGCGAGCCGCGCAAGCGCAGACGCGAACGCUGUCAUGAGUACGUCAGCUGUCAUGGCGGACCUGCCAGGGCAGCAAGUUCCAGUGGCGGAAUCCCUGGGAGUUAUGAGUGCCCUUUCAGCCAUGCUGUCCAGAGUUUUCGAGUCCUCGAGGAAUCUGGAUGAUGUGGCGCUCCACCACCUUAUCGAUGCUCUGUGCAAGCUGUCCAAUGAGGCCAUGGAACUGGCCUAUUCUAAUAGAGAGCCGUCGUUGUUCGCGGUGGCAAAAUUACUGGAAACUGGUCUGGCGAAUUUACACAGAAUAGAGGUUAUGUGGAGGUCGAUCACCAACCAUCUGUUGGAGGUGUGUCAACACCCGCACAUACGCAUGAGGGAGUGGGGCGUGGAAGCUAUAACAUAUUUGGUGCAAACCGCCUUCCAGUACCACCAUAGUAAUCCAAGUCUAGUCACCGAGGCUAGGCAACGUCUUCUCCUGGAGCCUCUGUCAGAAUUAUGCGCGGUGCGGCACUGUGACGUCAGAGCCCGUCAGCUGGAUUGCGCGGCGAGGUUGUUGCACUCGCUGGGGGAGCAGCUGGGCGCCGCGUGGCCCCUCAUGAUGGAGAUCAUUGGCGCCAUCUCUUGUCAGCACAGCGAACAACUGAUCAGGUCGGCAUUCCAAUGUGCCCAAGUGGUAGCCGGGGACUUACUCGGCUGCGCUGGACCUAGGUGUUUGAGGAAAGUGCUCACCACAGCGGCCGCCUUCGCGCAACAGACCAAGGAAUUGAACAUCAGCCUGACGGCCGUCGGACUCAUGUGGAACAUCUCAGACUACCUCUACCACAACAGGGACAAGCUCGUUGUUGCGUUAGCGAACGACGCAGCAGUGUGUCCGGAGCUACCCCACCACGCCGACCUGCCACCCCUCGACAAACUGUGGAUGUGUCUAUACAUCAGACUUAGUGAGCUGUGCACGGAGCCGCGCGCGCCGGUGCGGAGAGCCGCCAGCCAGACGCUGUUCAGCUGCGUCGGGGCGCACGGGGCGCUGCUCACACAGCCCGCCUGGAGGGCGCUGCUCACCGUACUUCUGUCCAUGUUGGAACAGGUACAAAAGCAGUCCAACAUCGCAAGUUCGGAAAAGGUGGAUACGGGAGAACACAUCCUCAUCCAUCACACGAGGAAUACUGCGCAGAAGCAAUGGGCGGAAACACAGGUGCUGACGCUGUCGGGCGUGUCGCGCGUGUUCCACUCGCGCUACGCGCUGCUGAGCUCCGUGCGCGAGUUCCCGCGCUCGUGGGCGGCGCUGCUGGGCUUCGUCACCGACUGCGCGCUGCGCCGCAGCCACGAGGUAUCAGUGGCUGCCCUGAAGUCGUUCCAAGAAGUAGUGACUGCAGCAGGCCGGGGCACAGAAAGUGGAGUCGAUGGAGUCCUGCAGAAGAAAGUGUGGGCCAGCGCGUGGGCGGCGUGGGCCAAGAUAGCCGGCACCAAUACCGAGCGCACUGGGCCCGCAUUGCCUGUUGGUGAAGACGGCAAACCGUCGGAGACGUACGCGCCGUCGCUCAACUUCCUCACCACUCUGGUCCAAAUAUUCCCGCUCAUCUUCACGCACAUACGGCACACUUUCACCCCAGAGGACGUGCAGAGACUAGGCUCGUGCCUGGCCACAGUGUGCCGCGUGGAGCCGGCGGCCGCGGCGCUGGACUCCAUCGGCAGCUCACCCGCGCCCGUCAGCCUGCACGCGCUGCAUUGUCUGCACACCGUGCACUCGGAGGCGUUAGUUCGCCACGAGCUCCUGCCGGCGAUGUUCGUAGCUCUGACGUCACUGGCGGCCGCGUGCGACAGCGGCGUCCGCUGCCUGUCGGCCGCCGCUGCCUUGUAUCGCGCCGCCCCCGUCCCCAGCAAGGGGGCGCUGGCCGACCUGCUAAUGGCAUUGCAUAAGGCGGUGCAACAAUGCAACGCGCAACAAGCGAGAAGAAGAAACAGCGAGCCGAGGAACAAUGAUGCAGCUGAGAUAGCUGCAUUAUUAUUACAGGUGCUGGCUACAGGACUGCCCCUGGCGCGGGAGACUCCAAACGAAUACACAGAAUUUUGGGAGAUGCUGCCCACAGUACUGGAGACUUUCAUGUUCCAACCACCAGUGGGCGGGAGCAGUAGCGCUCGAGAACUAGUGGUGGUUGUGAGAGACGAGGUCCUGCGAGGAGCGCCGCGCGCGCCCGCGCAGCACGCGCGCGCGCUGCUGGCGCUCGUGCGCGCGGGCGCGGGCUCGCUGCACGCGCAGGCUCGGCCCACAAAGAACGAACAAGAAUUGCGCGAACACGAAGAGUUCGCGCGAACGUGCUUCGAAACUUUGCUGCAGUUCUCAAUGCUGGAGGACGUGGACUCCUUGGGAGACGUCGACAACCCGCUAGCCAUCGCAGCUCUGCUGGACAGGUUUCAGGAAGUCAUAUCGAGGUAUACAACCGAGGAGGACAACGAACCUUUACCUAGACACCAGUUAUCAGAGAUCUCGUUCGUGCUGAAGGCCGUGGCGACGUUGACGGAGUCCAUGAAGAAGGCGCCUCCUGGGAAGGUAGACGCCGGGGCCUGGCAGAAACUUAUAGGUUUAUAUCCAGCGCUAGUGUCGCUGUCUGCGAGCGCGCGCUGCGCAGGCGCAGGCGGCGCACUGCGCGACGCGCUGCUGCAGUUCGCAGCGCUGCUGCGCGCGCCGCUCUAGCGCUCGCUCUACACGGUGCACAUCUAACUGGUUGCAUCUACAGCGGGUUGGAACACGCCAAUCAAUAGCAAAUAUAUAUAUACUAUUUUAAAAUAAAAUAAAAAAUGGGGACCUUGCGAAAUUGUUAUGUUGACAUUGUAACAAGAUAUUUUAUUUUUGUUCUCAUUUGACGUUUGUUGUAUUUGAUGUUUGAACAUGUUAUUGUGUGCGUCAUUUUAUGUACAGUAAAAAAUGAAACGUUGAAAAAACAUUGUUUUAUACAAGUGUUUUUUCAAACACCAGUCGAUAGGAGAUUAAGAAAUAUAAAUAUAACAUAGAAUUAUCAUCAUUUGCCUUACCUUGUCCCAUCAUCUGGGGUCGGCUCAAAAUGUCUGUUCCCUUCACAAUUCUCUAUCUUUUGCUACAUUUGGAUCCACCCCCAGCAACCUCAUAUCCUCCCUGACACAAUCCAUCCAUCUCUUCCUAGGCCUUCCUCGUCCUGUAUAUCCGUGUACCUUCCUACUUAAAUAGAAAAUAGUAUAUGGGCUACUAAAUUAAUUAAUGACUAUGAAUUGCCCCGUAAGGUGCGACGUUGCUUAAUAUACUAGCGGCAUUGCCACGCUGUGGUGCGAUGGUCAUUCCUUGCACCCAGUAGGACCUGGAGGGGGUCACCUUCAGUUCAGCUAUCGCCUAUACACUCACUGCCCCAAUUUGCCAAUUAGAAUUUUCUACUGAAACUAAAUAAUAAUAAAUCUUUAUUUUUGUAGGUAUAGUGUUUACAUAAACAUAUUUGUGAGCAGGAUCUCCUUUUAAGUAAUUAAUUACCUGUGUUAGGAGAUCCCGCUCUUAAAUAACAAAACAUGGUCUUAUUAAACCUCUCAGCAUUUGCUGGGAAGUACCAGAUACAUUAGAUGCGCUGUUAUUCUGAUAUAUCUAUUUCAUACUUCUAUUUUCAAUAACACCAUGCUUCACCGAACUAUCGAUAGUUAAACUAUCAAGUUUUAAUCGAAAAAGGCAAUACUAUCGAUUGUUUUGGGGCAAUUGGUAAAUUAAAUCGUUUCGUUUAUUUCCUCACCAUAUCGGUUACAAUUUUUCUAUGAUAUAGAUUACACUAUACUAUAGAAUACACAUAUUGUGUAGGUGCAACUAAAGACUAUCGGUGGUUACAUUUUUAAUGGUUAAUUGGUAACUACUAACAAGUAAGUAACCAGUCAGUAAUCAUAUAUGGUUACUAACUGGUUACUAACUGAAAAAUACAUAAUACUAUGAAUAGUAUCGAACCGUGACGACCAUUAAACUAUCGAUAGCAUUAAUUUACAAUUGUAGAUAUACUAUCGACACUAUCUACUGUCUAAACGUUAUCAUGAUUCGAUACAAUCAAUAGUAUUGUUCUAAAAACUGACUAUCGAUAGUAUUGAUUGGCGAUAUUACAUAAACUAUCGACACUAUCGAUCAUCUAAACGUCAUCAUGAAUCGAUACAAUCAAUAGUAUUAUUCUAAAAACAGGCUAUCGAUACUAGGUAGUGACAGAUGUAUGUACUUAACAUAUUGCUAAUUUCUCUGAUGUUAAAAAAACAUAAGCAAGUAUAACGUGAGGUCUUCAUACCAGUAUAUAUGGAUCAUUCCCGUAAUGUAAUAAUUGUUUUUAUAAGAUAAUUUUAUUUGUAUAUAGAAUUAAUUACUGUAUAUAAAAUUCAUGGUGUUUUCAUUGAACACAUUUGUAUAGUAAUUUAAAAGUGAUUUUCAUGAAAUUAUGAUAAAUAAAUAUUGUUCAUAAAAUCAUAUCGUCUAGUUGUGAUUCGAUAUAAUCACAUCAAAAAUCUUCAUUACUGGAUUAAUUUUCGUUACGACACUAGUGGCAUAAAAACAGUUUUGCAUAGAAUAUUUUACGUGUAAAAAAUACAGCAACGUCAUAGUGUUAUGAAAUUAAUUUCACGAAACUAUUUUCAUGCCAUGUCGUAAUGUAAAUUAAGCAUAAAAUAUCAGAAAAGUCAAGCCCCUUACAUAUUUACGCACAAAUUACCGAAAUUCAUUGCAAAAUCUUCUCUAUUACUGCAAGCCUACCAUCAACUUUUACAGAACGAUUCCAAUGCAACUCGGUUCAAUUUAGGCACCUAAAAUGAAUCGCAUUCAUACAAAAAAUUAAGUCGAUGGUACGAAUUUGCGAUGCAGUUCAGUUUAGGUCGUAAAGUGGAUCGCGUUAAGAGAUGAUGCUAAGCCUCUUGCAUGGUAAUUAAGUUUCGACGUAAAUUGACGCACGUCAAUGUCAAAUCCCAUGUAAAACACCACUUCCUGAUAAAAUAUAUGUAAUCUGACAGAUAAACUAGAUAAAACGGCUUAAAGUUAUUUGCCAGUUAGCACUGUCCAAAACUUGGGUAACAUAAAUUUAACGCUAUCUGUUCGAUAUGUUACAUAUAGGCUAUCAGAUACUUUAUCAGUAAGCGGUAGGCCCUACAUAUUAUUUAAUAUAGGCAUUAGUGAAGUAAAAACACGAAAUAUCUAAUAAUCAGCUGAUAAAGUAAUUUAUAACCGUGUUAGAAUCAAAUAAUAAAAUACUGAUUGAUGUCCGUAUUUACAACAGAUAAUAUACAACAAAUUAAAACAGAUAUUUUUUUUAUAAUGUCAAUAACAAAAAAAUAUAUUGCACUUGUACACAUAUGGCAUCGAUUUGGCACGUUUUGACGUCAAAAAGCAUAACUAAAAUACCGAGAUCUAUACCAACACCGAAAUAGACACAAUACAUCCAGUACCGCAGACAAAUAUUUGUUAUCACAAAUACAAAUAUGAACCUGCGCUGGGAAUCGAACACGGGCCCUGCGUAUAACGGACGUGCGUGAUGUCCACUACGCCACGCGGAGUCUAUUUAUAUAAAUUUAUGCAUUUCAUUUUUAACCAGUCAAGGUGAAGGAUUCAACAAAUUGUGUUGUAAUAUUACAAAUGCGAAAGUAAGUUUGUUACCUCUUCAUGCAUUAUCUACUGGACCGAUUGUUAUGAAAUUUGGUACACGUGUAGGAAAUAACCUGGAAUAACACAUAGGGUACUUUUUAUCCCGGAAUUCCCACGGGAACGAAGCCCCGGAGCGCAGAUAGUUUCCCAUAUAUAAUUUUUCAGUCGAUAAGUAUUUUUAGGGAUUUCUUUAUGAUUUACUAGCGGCCCGUACCGAAUUCGCUUGAGUAAAAACAUAAUGAAUUCCUCAGGAAUCACACUAUCUAUUGGUGAAAACCGCAAAAAAAUCCGUGAAAUAUUUUUUGAGUUUAUCGCGAACAGACAGACGCGGCAGCGAACUUUGUUUUAUAAGGAUUAAAUUCUUUUUUGUAAGUCUUCUGUUUUCUUUUCAAAUUAAAAAAAUAUUUUUUGUAAGUAUUCUGUUGAUUAUUGUAAGGAUUAAAAUUCUCUAUUCUUAAACAUUAACGCCAGUUUAUUUAUUUAUUUAUAGCGCCUCAAACAUACAAACAAACGCUGACCUCUUUAUAGUAAUAGUAUAAAAGUAUAGGUACAUUAUCCGCUUGUUGGUAAGCGUCCACCCGGUGCGGUGGUCUCAUGUCUAAAUACAGGAUAACAGUAAUUCAGCGCUAUUUUUGAAAAGUAUGAGUCACUGAUUAGUGAAACGAGCAAUUUUUAUUCGAAGUUAACUUUAAACUCGUCAUGUGUGGCGUUCCACGCGUAGUAUCAUAUGGUAAAUUUUUGCUACUCAAAAACUAGUCAGAUAAAAAAAGCACAUACAAAUUUCCCUACAACUUUUAAACGGCUGAACCGAUUUUGAUUAAAUAUAUCUAAGAACCGCCGCAUAAAAAAUUAGCUAUCAAAUAAAAAAAAACCGAUGCCACGUACACAGACUGACAGACAUACUUAGCGGUCAAACUUAUACCACCCCUCUUUUUUGGGUCGGGGGUUAAAUACCGCUCUUAAGGUAUCUUUACACAAUUUUUUUUAAUGGGAUUUUGAUGAUCUGUUUGUGAAUACGGAUUCGAUUCAUCGCUAGCCUUUCCAGCCUAUGCAUUGAACAUGUUUUAGUAUUGUAGGUAAUAAUAGUGAUCGAAUUUUGUGUAGUGCCGAAAAUAGUCUAGAUAGAAAUAUGAAAUUAGUGAUACUAUAUUCUAGUGGGAAUAGUGUAGUGGGGACGCCUUAUGUCAAGUCUGUUGUGUAUCAAUGCUAUUUUAAUUUAAAAAAUGUAGUUAAACAAAUCGGCCGCGUGUGGGAAUCAAACCCACGACUCUAGUUUUGUGGUAAAGUUUCUUUCCACUGAGCUAAAGAAAAAAGCCUAUAUUAAAUUUGUUAACACUUGUUUUUAAUGCUAGUUUUCCCGUCAUAUUUUCCGAUUUUGAUAAUAAUUUUAUACGGCACUAUUCUGGACACAUAUUCUAUCUAAUGAAAGCACUUUCCAAAUACAUAAGGAUUAAAAUUAUGAGUAAAAUUAGUCUUAAUUGAGACCCGUUCUCAAUUUAUUGUGUGGCUUAAAAAUUACAUCACAACAAUUCCAAUUUUUAUGACACACAGUAAAAAACGGUCGCGGUUGGCAACAAAAGACGAUCGAUACUUACGUCGUCCUCAUUUUAAUACCAAACGUACACGCAAUCUGUACUUUUAUGGUAUGGAGCUAUGACUUCACUGAGUUUGGGCGUUCCCAUUAUGCCGGGUGUCGAUUCUGCUAACGUUAAGUCUUAACCGUUUCACAAUCGUGUUUCAUUAGAAUCAUAAUUAACAAUGCCGUUUCAAUAUACUUGCUUUUCUAAAAUGAAAACAAAAAGACUCUACAAUCGAAAUACGAUUGGGACACGAUUGUAAACUAAACGUUAGCGAAUUGACACCUUGUUUGCGUGAUAAAGCAUUUGUAUUGGGCGUAGUAUACUUUUGUUACCAUAUUUUAGGUAUUUAUAAGCAAUACUCUCAAUUAUCGCUGUCACCAUAGGUUUUAUAUGAACCUAAUUGUCUAUAAUAUAGGUAGGAGAUUUCUUAUAUAGAAGAUCUGGAAAUAAUUAGAUUACACUACGCUAGUAAUUUUUUUAUUGAAGAAUAUUUUCCUUAUUAUGUUACUUUGUUAUACGAAUAUAUUUGAACAAUUUACAUCACAUUUUCCCUAAUAAAGAACUACGUAGGUACUUCCACGUAAUAUUAUUUCCUGCACACGGUGACAGCUGAAUCACUAAAUUAUUUCAAAUUAACAUGAUCAUGUGCAAUGUUUGUUAUACUAUUACUAAUAGCCUAGCCAUACUAUUAGCUUUAUUAAAUUUCAUAGCAUAGAAACACGAUAUUGGUCGAAGUAUUGAUUUUCCGUUGUGGUUGAUUGAUCACAUCACUUUAAGAUUCGACUCGACUUAUUACAUACUAGUUCUAAUUACGGUCCAAGAAUAGAGCCAUCCUUCGCUUGACGUGCUAUGAAGUCCUAAACUAUAGUAUGUAAAAUAUAUCCUGAUCCUUGUGAGAGCAGGAUGGACCGAUACAUUCGAAAUGUGAGCGACAGAGACAGAUGUAUUAUUUCCCUACUAUUUGUCACAGAUCUCAGCUAUAUUUUACAAACGCUAGAACCGUGCGCGGUGCUAUCAAAAGUUCUAUUUAUUUAUAGAUGACUAGAUUUUGCCCGGGGCUUCGCUCCCGUAGAAAUUUUGAGAUAAAAUAUAGCCUAUAGCAAUCUUGGAUAAUGCACUUUUCUAAUGGUGAAAUAAUUUUUGAAAUAGUUUUGGCAGUUUCGGAUACUACUCGCUUCAAAUAUACAAACUCACAAACGCUUACCUCUUUAUAAUAAUAGUAUAGGUUUGGAUUCCUAUCCUAUUAUAUCAGACUUUUUAGAAUUCUAUUGGCUAUGAUUAGAAAUAUUUUAUCCGUCAACAUAUUAGUAUUUUAAUGGCAUUGAUUUAGGUAUAAUUUGACUAAGGGCGGUAUCCCACUUAGUUUUUUCAUCAAACAUACUUUAGCUGGAUAAAAAAUGCGACGUUUAAUUAUUUUCGAAAUAAAUUAUUGCCAAGAGUGCUCAACAAUUUGACAAUUUUAAGCUUGAUAUUAUUAAAUUAAACUAGCUUUUGCCCGCGGUUUCGCCAGCGUGAAUUUGACAAACAAAGAUGAUUUUUAUAGAAACUUGCAUACAAUCCUAGAGUUAGUCAAAAUAAAUUCAUAUUACUUUAACUUUUUUGUGAACAACAUGUGGAUUUUAUAGAAAGUGGUCGUACCAUUGUCGUGUCUCUAUGAACAUUGAAGAUGAUAACAUAAGCUUCCAUUUAUAAUGUACUAGAGAUUUAUGUUAUUCCACAUGUUACUAUUAUGUUAGCUGUUACUUAUUGUGUAAUAUAUUAUAUGCGUUAAUGGAGAAAUAUGCUGAUUGGCAGAAUGCUUGUGAAACGACUUAGUUACAUCCCUACUGAGGUGGAAGUCAUAAACUUUUUGUCGUUUCGUUACAACCGCUUACCCCACCCGUCUGCCUCCCGUCACUGGAUGAUCAUUCUGCCGUGAACAAAGAAAAUAUAAAACAUUACUGCCAAUCAAUAUGAUUUCUUAAUUUAUUUUUUGUAUUCUUUAGUUUUAAAUUAAACUUGACUGUGAACAACUGCUGGAAACACAAACAUAAUAUUUUCACGAACAAAACUCAGUUUUAUCGUGUUAGGUCGAAUAAUACAACAGACUUGUAAAGUAUGACUAAUAAAAUCGUAAAAAUAUUGUGUGGGUGUCUGCGUUAAGUAUAAGCUUAACCAAAUAUGCGCAUGCUCGCGCUAUAUUUAGUAUGCUCGACGCUGAUUGGUCGGCCCUUGUGUGUAUAAUGUAUAUUUUGAAUAUUGUGUUCUUAUGAAUAAAUUGUAUUAAAUCGA